CACAUCUAAACCUGUGAUGAUGUUUUCGCGCCCGAUUUCUUCGUGCGGGCGGCUCCCUCUAUCUGGACUGGGCUUUCGCCUGUCCAAUUCUACGAAUUCGAAAUGUUUCGAGUCAGGGAAGCGAUUCUUCACGCGCAAUUCAUGCUUACGACAGAAUGCCGAAGCGCCUUUCAAAACGCCCCAAUCGCAAAAGCGGAAUACUUCGACGCUGUACUAUACCGCUAGCAUGGUUCUCGGGACGGUUGCCCUGGCUUAUGGUUCCGUUCCUCUAUACAAGAUGAUCUGCCAACAAACCGGCUGGAACGGCCAACCAGUACUUACACACCGUGGAGGAGACAAUGAUACAUCGUCCCGAGUUGUCCCGGUCACAGACUCUCGCCGCCUCAGAAUCACAUUCAACGGAUCAGUCUCGGAUGUCUUGCCUUGGAAGUUUACGCCGCAACAACGUGAAGUUCGUGUUUUGCCUGGAGAAACAGCACUGGCAUUCUUCACCGCAACGAAUCAGGGCCCGACGGAUAUCAUCGGAGUAGCAACAUACAGUGUGACUCCUGGACAGGUCGCUCCAUACUUUAGCAAAAUCCAAUGUUUCUGCUUCGAUGAGCAGAAGCUGAACGCAGGCGAAUCGGUUGAUAUGCCCGUGUUCUUUUUCAUCGACCCGGAUUUCGCCAAGGACCCCACGAUGAAGGGUAUUGACACUAUCACACUCUCAUACACCUUUUUCAUUGACAGACUGCGACCACGCUCGCUCGAUACUCUCACAUACCACCCCGAGCUUUCUGCGCGGUUGAAAUCAUUGGCGCAAAGCGGCGACUUCCCUCACCUGCUUAUGUACGGACCAUCCGGCGCUGGCAAGAAAACACGCACAAUCGCGACGCUGAAAGAACUGUACGGCUCCGGAGUCGAGAAGAUCAAGAUCGACGCCAGAGUUUUCCAAACGACAAGCAACCGGAAGCUCGAGUUCAACAUCGUCUCCUCUGUAUACCACCUGGAAAUUACGCCGUCGGAUGUUGGAAACUACGACCGUGUCGUCGUGCAGGAACUGCUGAAGGAGAUUGCACAGACCCAGCAGGUCGAUCUCUCGGCGAAGCAACGCUUCAAGGUGGUUGUUAUCAAUGAGGCCGACCACUUGACUCGUGAUGCUCAGGCGGCACUGAGACGGACGAUGGAGAAAUACAGCCCGAAUCUGAGGCUGAUUCUGUUGGCGAACAGCACGUCGAAUAUCAUUGCUCCUAUCCGGUCUCGGACCCUGCUGGUCAGGGUUGCUGCACCGACCGAACAGGAUAUUUGCUCGGUUCUGAGAUCUGCGGGUAAAACGCAAGGCUGGCCUGAGGCCGAUGGACUCAAUCAGAGGAUAGCGAAUGAGAGUGGGCGCAACCUCCGACGUGCGCUUCUUAUGUUCGAAGCCAUUUACGCGCAGAAUGAAAAAGUUACAGACAACACGCCAAUCCCGCCCCCAGAUUGGGAGGCGCUUAUCUCAUUGACCGCAGAUGAGAUUCUGGCAGAGCGCUCACCGGCUCAACUAUUGAAAGUCCGUUCACGGCUAUAUGACCUCCUGACCCAUUGCAUACCGCCCACGACCAUAAUCAAGACCCUCACUUUCAGGCUGAUCGCCAAGGUCGACGACGCUCUAAAACCCGACGUGAUCAUGUGGUCGGCAUUUUACGAGCACAGAAUAACCCAAGGCAGCAAAGUGAUCUUCCACCUUGAAGCAUUCGUUGCUAAAUUCAUGCGCAUCUACGAAAGUUAUUUGAUGGGCAUGGAUUUUUAGACCAUGAAGCUAAUAGUACUCGAUGAUUAAUGACUUCAACUGUACACUACCCAUCAGCAGAUCGGGGACAUCGAGCCUGGACAAAAAGGCGGGCUCUUUGUAACUCUGCACCAGACCUGAUCUCUUGAUUUAGUGCUCUUAUCUCUCCCACAAGUAGACCUGUAUUUGUCUAUGCAUAUUGUAUCAAGCUCAAAUGAAAAAAAAAAAAUUC